UACAUGGAUCUUUGUAUACCAUACUUUGCAGAUGUUAUUGGCGUCUUACAAGAUGUUUUAAGGACCCAAACGGGAGGUGGUGGUAGGAAAUCUUGCGUCAAUGUAACUAUACGUGAUGUCGAAGGCAAUGUGAUUGAGCUGGUGUUAUGGGAAGAUUACGGCAAACAGUUCAUCAACUACACUACCCCAAACAACUUUGCUGGUCCUACUAUAAUCGUAUUGACACAUGCAUGGUGCAAGCCAAAUACAGUGUCAAGAUUACCAUGUCUUUCAAACGCAUGGAAUGGUUCUAAACUUUACAUCAACAUGGAACAUCCACAAGUCGAUGAAUUCAAAGCUAGUUUUGGUUCCAACUUACCUUCCACUUCCCAAUCAUUGACUGCCGAUUCAUCUGUUCAGUCUGCUAACAAUUUCUGGACGAAAUUGUCCGAGGUGAAGAGUAUCCGUGCAGUAUCUGAAUUCGGAAGGGACUGUUUUGCAACCACCAUUGGGACAACAACUGGAUUUAAUGCCUCCAGAUUUAGGUGGUAUUUUGAAUCAACUGGAAAUAACGAUGCUGAACGCGUUACCAAGUGA